UAAAUUCAAAUAUUUUUGUUUAUAUUUUUCUCAAAACUGACGUUUUAGAGUAACCAUUCUUUUUAAUAGUUAAUUAGCUAUUAAUUAGUUAUCCUACUCUUUGGUUAUCCUCCUCUAUGAGUAACCAGCAGCUUCUUAUGAAUAUUUACAAAAUAUAAGCUGAUAAAUAAAGUAUUUGUGGCUGCAGUAAUUAUUAUUUGUAAAUUAAAACAUGGCUGAUGAAUAUGCGUCUGUUAAACGUGGAAAAUUAAUUCUUAAAGGCGAUAAACCUAAAGCAAAGAAACGUAAACAUAAGAAGAAGGAUAAAUCAGAAGGUGAUAAAAUAGACGAGGACUGCGUAAAACACGCUGGUUGGUGGAAAGUAGAAAAGAUUGAAGAUAUUUCUGGAUCAAUUGCAAUCGAGUUUGGCAAUAAUUCAUAUGUAUCAGCAUUGGACAACGGACUCUUUACGAUAGGAGCGCCUCACGGUGAUGGUGAAGGCCCGUCACCGGAAGAAAUAUUCACAGCGUUCCCUGCUGGUGAUAAUAAAUUUGCACUGAAAUCGGGAUACGGAAAGUAUCUGGGUGUAUCAAAAGAGGGUGUUGUUAUCGGAAGGUCAGAUGCUGUUGGUCCAAUGGAGCAGUGGGAACCAGUUUUUCAAGAUGGUAAAACAGCAAUCCUGAGUUCACUAAACAAGUUUAUGUCGAUAAAUGAAGAAGAUGAUUCAGUGGUCGCCAGCAGUCAGACAGCCAAUGAUAAAGACGUAUGUAACAUACGCAGUAAUAAGAGUCGUGAAGUGCUUAAGUCCGUCGCAGUUGAGGAAGAGGGAGAUUUAAAUGAAGUUGAAGUCAAUUAUGUGAAAAAGUUCCAGAAGUUUCAGGAUAAGAAACUACGUCUCAAUGAUGGUGGAGUUGUUGAGCUGAAGCGCGCGAAAAUUGAUGGUAAUCUACAUGAAACACUUUUGGACCGUAGAAGUAAAAUGAAAGCUGAUAGAUAUUGUAAAUAAGAUAUAUUUAACAUAAAUUUAAUUUUUAACUGUAUUGGUUAGUGAUUUGACACAAGAGUUGAUUAUUGUUUUAUAUCAACUUUUGAAACAUUCUCAAUUCAUAGAACCUAAAUUAAUAAACUGUAAUUUAAAAAACAAAA